AUGCUAAAGGUAAUUGGCUUUUUAUUAUUAAUUCACUCUGCCAUCUCAUUAAUUAGAUAUAGAAAGCAUUUGAUCUACAAGGAUAUGGCAGAUUAAUACCAUAUCCCACUGGAUAUCUUAUUAGAAAUAAUUGUUGGAUUUACUUUGAACAUGUUUUUCGGAGUUAUUUUGGAUAAAAAAUUUACUAACAUUCACCUCUUUCCUCACAAGAAAACAUAUGACUAGGCAUUCUAAAGACCUAAUUUCAGAUAACCUGGUGGUCGAGGAGGAGUGUUAUAAUCUGUUGUAAGAGAUAAAAUUGGAAAUUUUGAUAUAUAAAAUUGA